CUUUAAUUUAGAACUAUAUGAAGACUCAGAAAUCUUACAAAAGACAACACAAGAAUAUUACAGAGCAGAAGGAAGAAGACUCAAGCAGGUUGAUGGAGCUACUUGAUGAUGCAGGAAUUUACAGAGGAGAGGAAACUUCAGAGAUGUUUCGUAGAGCUGGGAUUACUUACUUGUCCUUACUCCAGGCCAUUCAGUUGCAAGACCAUAUGUACCUUGGGUCUUUACAGGCCAUGUGACAUUUGAGUAACGAAGAAAUGUCUAUUUUGUCGUUUAACCUCCUAAGACGUUUAAAGGAUCCUCAACAUAAUGAGGAAAUGCUUGAAGAGUAUGGUCCUCAGUUCUAUUCAGCAAUGAGACCGCCAAUGACAUCAAUGCCAGGACCAAGCGGAUUCCCGAUGCAUCAGUUUUACCGAGAUCAAAAUAUCAAUCAGGGUAUGAACCCAAUGAUAUAUGACCAUUUAACUAGGGACCAGCAAUAUUCAGGGCAGCUUAUGGGAAUGGCAUACCAGAACAUCCCUUACUAUGUUGAGCAGCUGAACCACAACACAACUGUAUAUAAUGACUUUCGAAAUGAACAGAUGAACCUGGGAAAGACUUGAGCUGAAUCAAUAAUGGCUGGAAAGAAAUCAGUUGCCACAGAUAGAUCAUUGAAAGGAAUAGAUGACUCUACCAUAGCCGGUACAAAAGACAAGGACUCACAUAGUAAGCAGAGUCUUACCAAGUGUGAUACUCUAGAUGUAACUAACUUCUCCGAUCAGAUGAAAGGAAUGAUUGAAUUCAGUCCUUAUUUUUACUCAAAUAUAACUCAGUCUUCUUAUAUGCCUCAGAAUAGUCUGAGUGAUUGCAAACUCUCUAACAAGAGGAGUAAGAAGGAAAUGAUGAGGGAGACUUUUGGAAUGCUACCUGCAAAGAACCCUCGAGUUCUCCAUCCAGCGAGGACAUUGAGCAAGAAAAGGCGUAUAAAAUACGGGAAUUAUAGUGAAAUUCAACUAAUUUCUUACGAUGAUCUUUUAGAUCCUCCAAAAUCAGGAGAAGAUAUCUUCUAUCAAGGGAGAGGCUUCAGGUCUGUUCAUGACCUAAACGAAUCUAUUGAGCGUUUUAAGCAAUUUGGGUUCUGAUUUAUCAAGAAGAAAUCAGAAGUGAAAAGAGGACGAUAUGAGCUCAGAUGAAAAUUCAAUAGUGAACAGAAGAAGAAAGCUAUAUUCCCAGAGGAGUGUUAUGUCACACAAGAAUGUGUUGUAUAUGUCUAUAUUGAUAGACUCAAGGUUAAGAGUACAUAUUUGAAGCACAAUCAUAAGCCAAAGCUGUUUAUUCCCACAGAAGGUCUAGAAAGAUCAAUUCUUUACCGAAAGAAUAAGGAUGAUGACCCAGAUGAUUCUAUCAAGGAGGAGUACAAGCUUGAUUUAGAUACAACCUAAGAUCACUAUAAAACUG